AUGGAUGAAAACGAACCACCGUGCGCUUCACCGGCGCCGCUGCGUAAUCCGCCGCCGUCGUCGUUACUAACCGACAUAUCGAAUUACAAAACACCGCGUCGUUCUUCAGUUUUAAAUUCCAAUUACGUUAACUCUCCGUAUCCACAAUUCUUCACCGCAUCGAAAAAAACCCCAAAAACUUCUUCGUCUUCUUCUAAUUUCCGUCGUCCUUCAAUCGUUCCCUCUCACAUGUCUCGUUCCAAACUCGCACCUUCUUCUUCGAGGCGGCUCAGGGCAUUCGAACUUCAGCAAUCGCAAUCUUCUCGUAAAGCUGAGUUAAAGAAAGAGAAGUCUCUUAGAUCUCUUGCUAAAUCGCUUACUGUGUGGCUCAAUUUCUUGUUCGAAAACCCUAGAUUUUGCGGUUGCGAUCCGUUCGAGAAUGAUUCCGGUGUUAGUAGCGUUGGAGGAGUUUCGCGUAAGGCGAAGAGAGAUAGUGGUGAGGCUUUAGGAGAGAGUAAAUCUGUAGGAGUUGAUACAAUUUGGAGAAGCCCUAAAAGAUUGCGGGAUUUAGGUUGGUGUGGUGAGAAAAAAUCAGAAAUUGGUUCUUCUAAGUAUUCAACGCUUAAGGAAUCUCUAAGAGAUGUGUGUAGUUUAGACGAUUUGAAGCAAAGAAUGCAAUUUCAUUUGAGUUUAGGAAGUUGCAAAGAGAUUUUCGAUGUGAUGAAUCGUGUUGCUAAGAAUAUCGAUGAAGGGAGGAUAAAAAUGAAACCACAAUGUCCUCUUGUAACUGAUUUUGGAUUGAAGGAGAAAGCUAUCAAGGCAUUGAUGUGUUACAACCAAGUUUGGCUUCGUUUAGGAUUAUAUAUCAUUUUCGGCGGCGAUUCGUUUUUGUCUGAUACUGAAGUUAACUCUGAUCAAGAAGUUGCAUUCUUGAAGAUGGUGAUUAACAAGCAGUUCUUUUCGCAUGAUGGUCUUGCUAGAGCCUAUGCAUAUAACAAGAUGGUUGAGGGUUUAUAUAGACCAGGGUACUAUGAAGCCCUUGGAACCGUGAUUUUGAAGAGGAUUCUGUUGCUUGUCCUUGUUAUUGAUAGAGCUAAAUCACAAAGCUGCCUUUCGCUCAAGUAUGGGAUUGAUGGGAUAGAUGGUGGCUCACCCCUCAUGUUUUCAGAGAAAUCUAGCAUAAAGUCUAGCCAUCAACUUAUAACCGAAUUCUUGUCCUCUGAUGUAAUGCAUGGAGAAGGGAAUCUCCUCGCGCAUCUAGUGAUUAUAGGGUACAAAAUACCUUAUCAGCAGUCUCCUAUAGUUGAAUAUGAGUUUGGAGUGAGAGACUUGUUUGAUGACCUCCAAGAUGGUGUGCGGCUCUGCAGAGCCAUUCAACUACUUCUUCAUGAUUCGUCCAUUCUCACGAAAAUGAUAGUUCCAUCCGACAGUCGAAAAAAGAAUUUGGCCAAUUGUAGAAUUGCACUACAAUAUCUGAAGGAGGCUGGUGUUCCGUUGAAAGAUGACGAAGGAAUGAUGAUAACUGGAGAAGAUGUUGCAGACGGUGACAGAGAGCUCACUAUUUCACUGCUAUGGAACAUUUUUGUACAUUUGCAGCUGCCUCUUCUGAUCAAUGGAAGACUCUUGACUGAGGAAAUCUACAAAGUUCAGGGGCUGGAACAGGUUUCUUUACCGAGUAAUGAAAUUACUAUGUCUAGUCCUCUGGAAAUGCUCUUGAACUGGAUCCGGUCAAUUACCAGGAAGUACGACUUCAAGUUAGAAAACUAUGCAUCACUGGUAGAUGGAAAGGGGAUAUGGUUCUUGCUUGACUACUAUUUCCGUCGAGAAGUUUGCUGUCCUUGUCUCCACAAAGUGGAUCCUAGUGGUACACAAGGCCCUCAAUCGGUGAUGUCCAAUACAGAUUACAAUGAUGCAGUUCACAAUUUCGUUCUUUCGCAGAAGUUGACAGCACUUUUGGGAAGUUUUCCUGAGGUUCUACAGGUUGGUGACCUACUGGAACAUAAUGCCGUACUUAGCAACCAAAGUGUGAUUAUACUGUUGGCUUUCCUAUCCUCAAAGCUGAUUGUCAAGGAAAAUAUGGAGCAACUGAACUUUCAUAAGUUACUAUGCUCUAGCUGUCAAGCUCAGGAUAGGAGAUAUUCGCGCAUCAGUUGCAGCAACUCUGAAGCAUCUAGAAAUGAGGAACCAGAAAAAGAAAAUAGUGAAGAUGCUGCUAAAAAGUUCAAGGCUAUCAAAGCCUGGUGGCAGGACAUGGCUAACCAAAGCCAAAGUUCUGUUGGAAAAGCUACAAGCCAAACUCUGCAAGGCUCCUUGUCUAGCAAAUGCACUACGGGUACCCAGCGAGAAAAUGCAGCAAAUGUCAUACAAGCGAAUCUUAGGGGACUUCAUGCGCGCCGCAAAUUUAGAAAGAAGAUGAAUGCAAUCCGUUUCUUACAAGCUGCUGUCCGGACAUGGUUAUCAGUGAAACAUAUACAAGUUCUCGAUAAAUUAACUGUUGAGGAAGUUUCUUUGCAUUUAUCAGAAAGAUCGGCCAACUUGGAACCUGUUGCGAGAUAUGUCAAGUUCAUUGUUGAACGAAGUCGCUUCAUCAAGUUGAGGAAAUCUGUUUUGGUUAUUCAGAAAGCUGUAAGGAGGCACAAUCAAAACAAACUUCAUCAUGAGCUGAAAGCAGCACUCAAAAUUCAGCUAGCUUGGAAGAGUUAUAAAGAAAAAGUUAUCUCUUCUAUCAUCAUCCAAUCUUAUGUUCGUGGAUGGAUCACACGCAGAAUGAAUUCGACAUACAAGUUUUCCUCCGUACUCAUUCAAAGAUAUUGCCGUGGUUGGCUGGCGAGAAGGAAGUUUUAUCUUCAGAGAAAAGCAGCAAUAUGCAUUCAGAGUGCUAUCCGAAAAUUUAACUGCAUGAUGUCAUUUCAUCGUUAUAAGCAUGCAGCCACGGAGGUUCAGAGGCUCGUUAGAGGACAACUUGUUCGAAGCAGGCUUCAAGGAGCUUCUCAACAAUAUUCACAACUCGACGAAGGCGUUUCAAGAAUUCCUCAACACAGUUUUGAGAUGACAAAACUGCUACCUUCCAUCAUUAAACUGCAGCGUUGGUGGAGGUUUCACCAUUCACAGAAGGUGCAACGAAAAUCAGCAGUCUUAAUACAGAGGCAAAUUCGAGGUUUACUUGCCAGGCGAAGAACUUCAAUGGAAAGACAUUACAUUGUCAUGAUUCAAUCACACUGGAGAGGUUAUCUCACACGCAAAGCCUCAAAAGCUCAAGUUCUGGAACUGAGAGUAAGAAUGCAAACUUCUGCUGCAAACAUAGACGACAAGAAACGGUUGAUAAACAAGCUUCUAUCGGCACUCUCUGAGCUACUGAGCAUGAAAAAAGUCCACAACAUUCUUCACAUUUGUGAAAUUUUGGAUUCGGCAACAAAAUACUCUGACAAAUGCUGUGAAGAGCUUGUGGCAGCUGGAGCUAUAGACAAGUUGCUAACAUUGAUCCGGUCUGCAAGCCGAAGCAUACCUGAUCAAGAAGUUUCAAAACACGCACUUUCGACUUUGAGACACCUUGCUCGUUAUCCACAAAUGGCAGAUGAGCUAAUCGACACUAAAGGAUCUAUCCAGACAAUCUUCUGGGAACUUCUCAGGAACAAAGAAGAAGCGUAUUUCAUUGCGUCUGAUGUCCUUAAAAAGAUUUGCAACAACCAUAAAGGCGUAGAAGCAAUACGCAAGCUUCCUGCAUUGGUAAAACGGUUGCACGCUUUAGUUGAGGAGCUAUCUCGUAAAGCAAACUUCGAAAAAAGGAAUGUUAAGGGUCAGAGUGGAAGAGAAAAGAGUGAAAGAAGAUUAAAAGAAGCUAUUGAGCUUCUAAAGCUUAUAACCAGCAAAUGA